CUCACACAUAGAUCAAUGCGCGGACACGCUGGUAUUUAUUUGUGUGUCUCUCGUGGGGUCUCUUCUGUCUGUUAGUGAUAGAAAAAACCUCACAUUCGUGUUUUCUACGGGUUGAUUAAGUGUAUGUCAGAGCUGGUCCCCCUCGGUCUGUCAGUGGGUGGUGACAUCAUUUGGAUCCUUUUGGUUGAUGAUGAUGAUGAGGAGGAGGAGGAGGAGCUAGCUGGUAGCUGCAGAUGUUGACUACUUGUGGACUAACUAACGAGCUGAAGUAGAAACACGGCACAUGAGGUCCUGCUUGCUCCAUUGAAAAGACAUGACAAAGAUCCCAGGAGAGAAUCACUCUUUGGAUUCUACAAUGGAAACCAGCAUAGUCUCAGCCUUCCAAUGACACUCCCACCUCCCUUUUUCUUGUCUUGGUCUACACCCCUCUUUUAAUUUUAUUCAAUAUUUUAUGGUACUGUACUUUCACUCGUCUCCGUUUCUGCUGCUGCCAGGAACCUCUUUAUCACUGUUCUUCACUUCCCUGUUACCUCCACUGAGUUGAGGCUAAAGGCUGUAAAUCCCGCACAAUGGUUGCUGAGGUAGACUCAGCGUCUCAGGGCAGCGCUAUGCGGCUGAAGCAGGAGAUUUCCCUCCUCCAUGGGGUCUGUCUCAUCGUGGGAAAUAUGAUAGGCUCCGGUAUCUUCGUCUCGCCUAAGGGGGUUCUUAAGUACACAGGCUCAUUUGGCCUGUCCCUGGUAGUGUGGGCCAUUGGAGGGAUAUUUUCUGUAUUUGGAGCGUUAUGUUAUGCUGAGCUGGGAACUACCAUCCGUAAAUCUGGAGCGUCCUACGCCUAUAUCCUGGAGGCCUUUGGCGGCUUCUUGGCUUUUAUCCGACUGUGGACGUCGUUGUUGAUAGUUGAGCCAGCUUGUCAGGCGGUGAUUGCUCUGACCUUCUCCAACUACCUCGUCCAGCCCUUCUACCCCACCUGCCCAUCCCCCUAUUUCGCCGUCCGCCUCAUCGCUGCUGUCAUCAUAUGUCUGCUGACUUGUGUGAACUGUAUGAAAGUGAAGUGGGGCGCUAUUCUUCAGGUCAUCUCCACCGUAGCAAAGGUCCUGGCUCUCAUCGUCAUCAUCAUUACUGGCCUGAUAAAGCUGGGACAAGGUUUUGACCAGAACUUUGAAGACUCAUUCAAAGGCUCCAAACUGGACCCUGGUGACAUGGCCCUGGCCCUGUAUUCAGCACUUUAUUCCUACUCUGGUUGGGACACGCUUAACUUCAUCACAGAGGAGAUCAAAAACCCUGAGAGGAAUCUGCCUUUGUCCAUCGCUAUUUCCAUGCCCAUUGUCACCGUGAUCUACAUCAUGACCAACAUAGCUUACUACGUCGUCAUGGAUGCAGACCAAGUGCUCAGCAGUGACGCUGUUGCUGUGACGUUUGCAGAUGAGGUGCUGGGCUGGGGUCGAUGGCUGAUCCCGCUGUCUGUGGCCAUUUCCUGCUACGGAGGCCUCAACUCCUCCAUCAUUGCUGCCUCCAGGUUGUUUUUUGUUGGUUCCAGAGAAGGCCAUCUGCCUAAUGUGCUGUGCAUGAUCCACAUAAAGCGUUACACCCCAAUCCCUGCCUUGCUUUUCAAUGGUGGCAUGUCUCUGUUGUACCUCUCUGUGACUGACGUUUUCCAGUUGAUCAACUACUUCAGUUUUAACUACUGGUUGUUCAUCGGCCUGUCAAUAGCCAGCCAGAUCUACCUCCGUAUCAAAGCUCCUGAUAUGCACAGGCCUGUUAAGCUGCCUUUGUUCUUCCCGAUCGUUUAUUGCUUGUGCAGCAUAUUCCUGGUAGUGGUUCCCCUCUACAGCGACACCAUGAACUCUCUGGUGGGAAUUGCUGUGGCCUUGUCUGGUGUACCAGUCUACUACAUUUGUAUCCACCUGCCGCCCAGCUCCAGACCAGCCUUCCUCAGAAAGAUACUCGAUGGGAUCUCUCUGUACACCCAGAAACUGUGCCUGUGCUGUGUGACUUCGUCUGAUAUCGACCUGGACAAUAUAGACCCAGGGAAGAUCGAAUGAUGGAGCUACAAAGGCCUUGUGUGAAAUGGAAGAGUGAGAAUGAACACAAAGGCAGAUGUGAUCUGCAGACAAUGAGGAUUUAGAUGAGUAUAACUUGAUUUGAAGAAGAAACUGGAGAGGUGAGCUCAACACAUCUCUUCUCUCACACGAGGAGCCGUAAGAAUAAAAGAGCAGGAUUUUCCUCAGAAUGAAUAAAUAUGUUGUACAUGAUAACCCUCCAACAAACAGCACUGUACAGAUUAACUCAGUGGAACUUGAGCACAUUCACAUGCUUUUACACAAUGCAGUGUUGGCAUGUGCCCAUACACUGCAACUCACACAUGCACAUGAGCUGACCGGAAGCCUUAGGGUGACACUGCGACAAAUGGAAAUUAACAACCUGAUCUAGAAGGAGGUGACUCAGCAAAGAUGCCUGAGGUGAUAUAUUCACAAACAGGAGGUUGUUACAGAAAAUGCACAGGUGGAUUUGGAAACGUCUCGUGUUAACAAGAGUUACUGUUGCUGUAGCCGAUGUGAAUGGGAAAGAUGAGUCUCAGUGGUUCAAAUCUUGUUGCCCUUUAAAAGAAUACUUUGUCACCAAAAUGAUAAUUUGUAUGUCAAUUGCUGUUUCCUUGGAUUCUUGAAGAAAACUUUGUUGCUUCUCUCAUACCUCCACGGUGAAUCAAAAAACGGAGAUAAUACUUGACGACUUUAUCAAUCUGUUUACAAAGUCUAUCUCUUUCUCAGGCUUGGUGUCCACAGUGUUUUUAAAUAGUACGGUUUUAGUAAAAGUGCAUGCGUUUGGGAAGUGGUGAGCAGACGACUGCAUAAAUGAGACUUUGGAGUUUUUUUCAAGGUAACACUGGAUGAGUAAUUAAUUUAUUAAUUAUUAAUUAAUACAAAUGCUCAUUCUGUGGGUGGAGUCAUAAUAAUCUGUUGCAAAUAUCACCGGAUGCUGAACAAUUGAACUUUUUCCUUAUUUAAUUUUUUUUAGGGCCUUUAAGAUCAUAUGAUGAACUAAUCAAUGCUUUUUGCUUUAUUACAAGUCAGAAAAAGAAACUUGAAGCUCAACAGAGGGAUCAUUUGCCAGUGAGUUGUACUGACUAUAAUAAUUAUACAGUUCUGAGUUUCUUUCUCUUUUUUCUUCUUCUUCUUCUUGGACUUGUUGACAGACCUCUAAAAACUGCAGCAAAUUUGCACAUCACAUCUGCGUUGUGUUGCACAAUUACCUUGGUUAUAAGAAAGCUUUUAUUCUAAUCUAUUAGUGGAGGACCAGAUGGAGAUGGUUUGUAAGAGAUUAUUUACAAAAUAGUUUUUAUUCCUUGCAGUUGGAACACGCUUGUUAUGGUGUGUCGGUUGACUUUCAUAACUAAUGUAACGUUUGCAAAAUGUUUUCUUUUCUCGCCUGAAUCCUCUGAAUGCAUCUUGAUGGUUUUAUUUGAUGAGGUUGCCUCCUAGUGGUAGCUAAUAUUAAGUCCCAGGACCAAAUUUAAGUCCAUCUGUGUUUAUGCUGUUACUGUCACCUUGUUCUCUCUUUUCAAACAAACUCAAACUAGUGAGAGGAUUGUACUUGUAAUGUUAUGGAUGUAAAAGAAAAGGUUUUUAAACGUGAUUUUAUGUUUGUGGAUUAAGCAAAUUUUCCUGCUGCACUCCUGGGUAAUGUUUGUCUCCAGAAACAAGCCACGCUGAUGUGCACACGGCGUCACUGAUGUUUAUGACCUUUCUCUUGUUGUAAGAGUUUGUAUCCUAGAUGGGAUAUUUAAUGUAAUGUUGCCUUGUGAAUAUAUCACCAACGUGGACCAUUUAUUCACCGUGCAAAGCCAAAAGUCUCAUAGUUGGGACAUUGUUCUGCUCACAGAGCCCGUAGCAAAGUAGCUCUGCUUUCUAGUGAGAAGUAUAGCUGUAGUGUUGAACUACGGGUAGAAACAAGUCAAACUUUGGCGUUUGUACUGUAGUACUUAUGAACUAUAUGUGCCUUGCGUGAGUGUGGACCGCCAAAGGCCCUGUCUAUUUUUGAUAUCGUUACGGAGCUCUUUUGUCUUGAGCACAAUCCUAUUGACACGCUGCUGUAGGGUUUGCCAAAUGUUCUUCAGGUGGUAGAGCAUCUUCAGAUGUUGUAGUGGAGGUCAGUCAGAACAGUAUGUAGUGUCUUCACUCCAGCACUUACACAACACCAGCCGACAGAAGCACACCGAUAUGUUUAAUGUUGCUUUCUCUGGACUCAGUGUCAUCAUUUAAACCAAACUACUACUUGUGUGUGUUGUUGAGGAGAAAACCACCAUAUAUCUGCAGUAAACACAGAAUAUUUUCCAUGUAUUUCCAUAUAUAUUGUCAUGUUAUCAACUUGUAUACUCAGAAAUCACAUGACUUGAAUGUUGCAGUAUAUUUGUUGUGUUUUCAUUGAGUACCAAAUAGCGACUGUUUUCUGGUUAUGUUUGACAAAGUUGGAGUGUUUAGUGUUUGAGCAGAACUGGUUUAAGUGCUCACUUUGUUGACUGUUUUUAUUUAUUAUAUUUUGGACACAUGCAAACCAAACGGCAAGAGGAGCUUUCCAGUUGAAUUCUAGUUUUCCCAGUAUGAGACAGGAAGGUGCUGUGUUUUUAUUUGAAUAAAGUACAGACUGUGCAUUUCAGUGA